AUGGCGGCGCGGCCACGGCAAGGCGGGGAGGCGUAUUUGGCGUGGCAGGAUUUGACCGUUGUGCUGCCGAAUUUUGGGCAGGGCUCAGUAAAGAAAUUGCUCAAUGGGCUCAACGGGUAUGCUCAACCGGGCCGGACCAUGGCUAUCAUGGGCCCUUCGGGCUCUGGCAAAUCAACUCUUCUAGAUUCCUUAGCAGGUAGAUUAUCGACAAAUGUUGUGAUGGAUGGGAAUAUUCUUCUUAAUGGGAAGAAAAGAAGGCUGGACUAUGGUGUUGUUGCCUAUGUAACUCAAGAGGAUGUGUUAUUGGGGACCCUCACAGUCAGGGAGACUCUAACAUACUCGGCCCACCUAAGGCUCCCAGCCUCCAUGACUAAAAACGAGAUACGAGCCAUUAUAGACGGCACUAUCUCGGAGGUCGGCCUGCAGGAGUGUGCGGACCGUCGGGUUGGCAACUGGCAGGUGAGGGGCAUAAGCGGCGGUGAAAAGAAAAGGCUGAGUAUUGCGCUCGAGAUUUUAGUCCGACCCCACAUACUGUUCUUGGACGAGCCCACCACGGGCCUUGAUAGUGCAGCCUCCUUCUUUGUGGUCCAGGCCAUCAAGAAUCUGGCCCAGGAUGGGAGGACCGUCAUCUCGUCCAUUCACCAGCCAAGUAGUGAGGUUUUUGCUCUGUUUGAUGAUCUUUACUUGCUCUCGGGAGGCGAGACCGUCUAUUUUGGGGAAGCCAGGAUGGCCGUCAAGUUUUUUGCUGAAGCGGGAUUUCCAUGUCCAAGUAGGAGAAAUCCUUCAGAUCAUUUCCUGCGCUGUAUAAACUCGGACUUUGAUCUUGUCACAUCCACAUUGAAAGGUUCACAAAGACUUUGUGAAGGACAAAAAACGUCGGAUCCUUUGAUGAAUUUGACAACGUCCAACAUAAGAUCGGCGCUUAUCGAAAAAUACAAACAAUCAGAGUAUGCAAAAAUUAUGAGAAUGAAACAUGAAGAAUUCUCAAAAACCGUACGUGAAUUCGUGGAUUUCUUUUUGUUUACAAAAUCUUGUCCUAUUUUUUUUAACAAGCUUGUGAAAUUGCAGCAAGAAGUUGAGCUCGAAAUACUUAAAGGAAGUGAAGCAACUUGGUGGAAGCAGCUCUCAACAUUGACACGAAGGUCGCUCGUGAAUAUGUGUAGGGACACGGGCUAUUAUUGGACCCGCUUAGUCACUUACAUAAUUGUUUCUCUAUGUGUCGGGACUUUAUUCUAUGAUGUGGGAACAAGUUAUACAGCCAUAGUGGCAAGGGGAGCUUGUGCCGGUUUCGUAGUCGGCUUCAUGACUUUCAUGUCCAUUGGAGGAUUCCCAUCCUUCAUCGAGGAAAUGAAGGUAUUUUCUCGAGAAAGGGUUAACGGGUAUUAUGGCGUAGGGGCCUUCAUACUAUCAAACUUCAUAUCCUCUUUCCCGUUCUUGGUUGCGAUCGCGACAAUUAGCAGCGCAAUCACGUUUUUUAUGGUGUUCCAGGCGGAGUUUUCCCAUUUCGUGUUCUUCUCGCUCAAUCUGUUUGGAUGCAUAGCUAUGGUGGAGAGUGUGAUGAUGAUUGUGGCUGCUUUGGUCCCUAAUUUCUUGAUGGGGAUCAUAACCGGAGCUGGAAUUCUCGGUAUUAUGAUGCUGACAUCGGGUUUCUUCAGGUUCUUGCCCGAUCUUCCUAAGCCUGUUUGGAGAUAUCCUGUUUCAUUCAUCGGAUAUGGUUCGUGGGCACUACAGGGGGAAUACAAGAAUGCACUGCUGGGGCUGAUGUUCGACCCGAUGAUUCCCGGUGACCCUAAAGUAACAGGGGAAUCGGUGGUGACGGAUAUAUUUGGAAUACCGUUAUCUCAUUCAAAGUGGUGGGAUUUAGUGGGCCUGCAUGUCCUUAUUGUGAUUUACAGAGUAAUAUUCAUGCUCGUCCUCAAGUUGAAAGAGACUCGACUUACACUCACAUCCCUCUUCCGUUGGCUUCAUGCCAAGAGAACCGUUCGUUAUAUGAAAAGGCAUCCUUCGUCCCAACGCUUGCCGUCUUUUUCUUCCAAGACCCACAAUGCUCACCCGCUUUCGGCACAGGAGGGUCUUAACUCGCCCAUCAUCUAG